UGCCCUUGGGUUCUGGACAGGGAAGACACAGCUCAGGAAGGGAAGGUAGAGAUUCCUGGCAAAGAGUGGAGUGGUCACACACAGUGGACAGCACAGACUGAUGGAGAGCCCCUCAGAAGCUCCCCACAGUGGGGGCAGCCCCUGGAAGGAGUUCCUGAUCACAGCCUCCAUCCUCAGCUGCUGGAUCCAGCCAAUGUCUGCUCAGGGUGCUCACAUCAGAGUUGUGCCAAGUCUUCCCUAUGGGACAGUGGGCAGCAGCAUCAUCUUGGACAUCCAUGGCUUCUCACAGCAGGCUCUCAGCUAUACUUGGUACAGAAAGACAACAGACAACUCCACCAGGAUCGCUGUCUACCGUGUCCCUUCUGGAGUGCAGACCCCAGAAGACAUCCGGGAGAAGGUCUUCUCCAGUGGCUCCCUGCUCAUCCCCAACCUCACCCUCAAUGACACUGACCUCUACAUUGUAACCAUUGUUGAUUCUACAGGCCUGGUAGCUGCAAAUGCCAGAGAACAAUUACAAGUCUAUGAAACACCAUCCAAACCUAACAUCAGUGCCAACAGUACCAACAUCACAGAGAAUGGCACUGUGGUUUUCACAUGUAGCACAGACAAUGAGGGGAUGAACAUUCUGUGGUUCUGCAAUAACACUUCCCUGUUACUCAGUGAGAGGAUGAAUAUGUCUGAGGAUAACCAGACCCUCACCAUCAAGAGUGCAAAGAGGGAAGAUGCUGGGUCCUAUCAGUGUGAAGCCUGGAAUCAAACUGGUGCCAACAGAAGUGACCCCCUCAACCUGACUGUGAACUAUGGACCAGAGCACAUUAUGCUCCUACCAAACACUGAAAGUGGGGUAAUUGAGGUCAGAAUCAAUGACCCACUGGUCUUAGAGUGUAAAGUUGAGUCUUACCCACAUGCUUUGUAUGAAUGGCAAGUAAAUAGCACCAAGAAGCCUGACUUCUGCAAUGACACCUAUGCCAUCAAAAAUGUAUCUUGGGAAGAUUCAGGAAAAUAUACCUGUUUGGCAAAUAACAAUGUGACCAACUUAUCCAUAUCUAAGAAUGUCACAAUCAAGGUGGUUGCUGGGAAGUCCACAGGAAGAGGGAAUGACUCUUCACUCUCUGGAGGGGUCAUCGCUGGCAUUGUGAUUGGAGCCCUACUUGGAGUGACUUUGAUGGGAGCCCUCAUCUAUUUCCUGUUCAUCAAAAGGAAUGAAGGGGCCAGUGAACAUCAUCUUACAGAGAAAAAGUCCUCAGCACCCAACCACAGUCAGACGUGCUCUGAUAGCUCACCUAAUGGGACUGAGGAAGUAUCCUAUGCCUGUGUGAACUUCAGUGCCCAGAAACCACCUGCCAUGGCUCAGUCCCAACUGCUAACAGACACUGUUUACUCUGAAAUUAAAAAUAAAUGAUCCAGUGCUUCCUCGUUUCUGCAUUUUGGAUGUAUUUCUGGUGAUCUUCCCCAGCUGCCUCUCCAAGGCCUCCCAGGAAAGCCCCUCUUCUCCACUGUCAACAGAUGAGAGGGACAAAUUGGUUGGAUUCACAGAAGCUUACAAUCCCUCAAUAGUUUACACCUGAGGAAGGAGGUGCCUAUAAGAAAGUAGCUCUGAGCUCAGCAGUGUCCACCUGCCAAGUCUUCCCAUGUCUAUAAGGAGACCAGGUCCUCAGAGAGAGAGAACUUGGGGUGCACUGAAGAAAGACUGGCUUCAGAGCGAGGAUGACUAGGUUCCAACUCAAUGGACCUUGUAUGAAUCACUCAGCCUCUGGGAGCCUCCAUUUUUUUUCAUCCUGAAAAUAAGAUGACAUUCAAAAUCUAUUACAGAGACAACUCUGGUCUUGUUCUUUUUAAUAGAAAUCUAACUUUUUAUUUAUGUUUUUAAAUUUGAUUUAAUGUUUUUCCAAUUACAUAUAAAGAUAUUUUUUAUU